CUUUGUUCUCCUCAUUGAUCUCUCCUCUUUGGCCCAGAAUGGUACUCAAUAAGUGAUUGUGAUUGUGAUUGUGGUUGCAAUUUUCCAUUUGAUUCUCGGUCUCUGAAUUUCGCUGGAUCGAUUAUAUCGGAGAUCAAGCCUCGAUUGUCCUUCAGUCAGUCCAUUGUCAUUAUCGAACUACCUCAGCUCAUAGCUAGCUAUUAUCUUCGACAGCCUUGCAUAUUGUAUACGCAGUACAUGCUUUCUUCUGGUUUAUGACUACCUCCUAACUGGUGCAAGAUGGCUACUCAGGCUGUGGUACCGUUUCUGGUCACGAUGAUGCUCGUGACCGGGGUCUGCAAUACAAUCCUUAAUAAGUAUCAGGAUAUGCAAUGUGUACGGAACUGCGACUCUCCAGACCCUAAAUAUCGGCAAACUUUCGAGCAGCCGGUCGUCCAGACUGUUCAGAUGUUUAUUGGAGAAAUGGGCUGUUGGCUCGUGAUAUUCGCCUCAUAUGUUUAUCAAUCGUUUAUAUAUCCGCGUCUGUCUCCCAAUUCUUCUCCUCUCCUUGCGGGCGGGUAUAAUCCCGUCCACCCCGAUGACAUAGGUGAUGAGGAGGACCAUACGAUUGACGGUCCUGAUACAUCUGACCGUACUCCCAAGCGCACCGAUGCUGAAGGUCGGCCGUACCUCAGUGGACGUCGGAUCCUCCUUCUCGCUGCGCCGGCGUGCUGCGAUAUCGCAGGUACGACUCUGAUGAACGUGGGUCUACUCUUCGUUGCGGCCAGCAUCUACCAAAUGACGCGUGGAGCAUUGGUCCUUUUUGUCGGGCUUUUCAGCGUUCUGUUUCUCCGUCGGAAGUUGUUCCUAUACCAGUGGGUUGCGCUGUUCGUGGUGGUUCUUGGUGUCGCCUUGGUAGGACUUGCCGGUGCACUCUUCGGCCAGGACCAAGGCCAUGAUGUCUCACGGGAUGAUACGCUUGCAAUUGCCACUCGGGCCGUGAUGGAAGCUCGGGAGAUGGUGAAGACUCCUGAAGCGCUCAAGGCUGUCAUUGGUGUGCUCUUGAUUGCAGCGGCACAGAUCUUCACGGCCUCACAGUUCGUGCUGGAGGAGUGGAUUCUCGAGAACUACGCCAUGGAUCCUCUUCAGGUCGUUGGAUGGGAAGGCAUAUUCGGUUUCUCCGUUACUGUCAUUGCUUCCAUCAUUUUGUACCUGACCGUAGGACAGACGGAAGCCGGUCGCUACGGCUAUUUUGACGCCAAAGAAGGAUGGCGUCAAGUCUUCUCUAACAAGUACAUUGCCAUGGCCAGCAUUCUUAUUAUGAUUAGCAUUGGAGGCUUCAACUUCUUUGGGCUUUCAGUCACCCGAACCGUAUCUGCCACCUCCCGCAGUACGAUCGACACCUGCCGGACACUCUUCAUCUGGCUUGUUUCGCUCGCCCUCGGCUGGGAAACAUUCAAGUGGCUGCAAGUAGUGGGCUUUGCGCUUCUCGUCUACGGAACCUUUCUGUUUAACGAUAUCAUCCAUCCCCCUCUCAAAGCAUGCCUUCCCCGUGACAGGCAGGAGAGGCAGAUUCUGCUGCCCGAGGAGCCCAUUGAACACAUUUAAGUCAGGAAUGGGCGAACGUCGCUGACUGCAUCACUAUUUCCUUGGUUUCUUCGUUUAGGACAAUUUUGGCUCGGCCUUGGCGUUGAAGGUGGUGUUCACUCUGGUUGCUUGCAUUCUUGGGUUCAGUUGUGCCGCGCGUUCAGUUUGGUUAAUAGAGGCAGUCGUCGACAUCGACGCUUUCAAGGUUGUCAUACGAAACCGAUUAUUUUCAUGUCACAGCAUGAGGUUUGGAAACCAUAUCACGCCCGUUCUAUCCAGCUAGGUUCUGGUUACAACCGGAAUAAGAGACGGAUAUGAUUUUCAUUGUCAAUUGCGAAGUCUGGACUACGAAAUACAAUCUAUCAAUUGGAUACACAUGGCACUUUCAAAACGAGGGUAUAUAACCAAAUCUACUACACUAUAGUACAAGUAUAACCAAGACACGCU